AUCAAUCACUGGUCCUUUGUUCCUUUUCUCUAUUUUGCCCUUUCGUGCUAUCGGCGAAAGUUGUUUGCUCGUUUAGUCUGCUAAGCUUCGAAUUUUGCAGAAUCUUAAUGCUGGUUAUUGAUUUGCUUGUUUCCGAAUUUGGGUUUGCUAUUCAGUCCUAGGGCUUUUCCCCCAUUUGUUUUGCAGUCGGAUUGCAGAGAUCGAUAAUCGUAUUAAUGGUGAAGCAGCUGGAAAAAAAGUUCACCUGGGUGAUUGAGGAUUUCUCCUCUUUGAAAGAUAAGAAGUGUUACUCUGAUCCGUUCAUAAUCGGCGGCUGCAAAUGGCGUGUUCUCGUUUUCCCCAAGGGAAAUGGGGUUGAUUACUUGUCUGUUUAUCUGGAUGUUGCUGACGCUGAAUCAUUGCCUCCCGGAUGGAGAAGAAACGCGAAAUUGUGCUUCCGCAUUGUGAAUCAACUCUCUAGAGAAUCCUCCAACGUUUUGGAAUGCCAGCAUGAGUUUACUGCAAGCGAGAGCGACUGGGGUUUCACUAGGGCCGUCAAGCUUACCGAUCUCUGUCAAGGAUUUCUGUUUAACAACAGAGUAACCAUUGAAACCGAGGUAGAAGUUCUUGGAGUUACUGGUAAACUAGACGUACCUGUGGAAUCCGAGAAGGAGACUGAAACUGUACUCGAGAAAGACGAACAUCCAGCUUCUGAAGAACCUGCCAAUGGACCUCAAGGAGGACGUUCUCUCUCUCAGCAAGAGCCUGAAUUCGUGGAUACAUCUCAGAAGAAUUCAGAUCACGCUGUUUCGGAUGGCGGAGGUGAAGAUACAACCUCUCAAUGGGAACCCGUACAAGAUUCAGUAGCUAAGAGUAACAAUGAGGCAUCUGCAGCUGAGAAGAUUGACCCGGAAAACGAGACUGUGGAUGUCAAUGAGUUUCAGGUUCUUUCUUCGCAGGCCGAGUUAGUAAGACGGAUCUUUGAGCGACACCCAGACAUUGCCAUGGAUUUUCGUCCGAAAACCAGACAGAUCAGGUCAGCAUACAUGGAUGCCCUCCUCGGCCUUGUCGAGAAUCUGUGCUUACCGCUUCAGAAGCUGACAGAAGACUACAUAAUCGACUCAGAAAACAGACUGACUGAUCUGACGGAUGCAGGGUUCAAGAUGGAUUGGUGGAAGAAGAAGGUAGAGGAGGUUAACGUGAAGAAGACGAAAAAGCAGAGGAGUGAGGCCAUGAUCCUGGAACUGGAGGAAGAGUUGCAGAAACUGAAACAGAGGUUGUCGGAAGUGGAAGCUGAGCUGCAGAAGGAGAAAGCCGAGGUUUCUGCUGCUAUGGUUCCUCUGAAGUUCGACGACGUUGUUUGAUGUUUUAAGUGAUUUUGUAAUAAAUCUUUCAUAUUACAAUUUACCAAAAAAAAAUCUUUCAUAUUAAAAGUACAAUAUGAUUUUCAGAAUCAAAGGAUAGUCGUUCACUGAUGUAAAAAUAACUUUUGGGACUUGGGUACACAGGCUAGCUCUGUUUGUCUCCCGUCAUCCUCCGACGGACAUGUAUAGAACUCUCUUCAAAAGUUA